GUAGACACCACAAUAGGAAGCCAUUUUCAGAAAUCCUACGCACUUGAGAGUACUCGUGAGAAAUCAUGGAUCUAGUCACUGAUACCUAUAAAGGCUUGCAAUAUCCAUAUUCUCUUUGCUGUCUUGGAACGCGAAACAUCUGCUCAGCUCACCACCUUUCAGAGAAGUCCUGACAUAUUUUACACAAGAACACAAGUUUAUAUCUCCAUCCAAAAGGCUUAACAGUAUUAUUGCCAAGCCAUAUUUAGCCGCAAUACAAAGUAUCCGCCGGUGUCCGUUACCGUGAUCUAUUCGACCAUAGACUGCUACAUAUAAUGACCGUGAAUUUGACGAACAGAAUGCUUGAUCAUGUCCUACGAGUACUGCAGCUUAUCUUCGCCAUCAUCGUUAUGGGAACUGACGGCUACGCUAUUCAUGUGUUUCGCGGCCACACUGUCUACGAACACUUCGACUUCGGCAGCUUCUACGAUUACUACGGCAUCCCUGAUUCAUGGGGCUUUCUAAUGUUUUGCGCUAGCUGGACGUUUCUAACUGUCAUCUUCCACACCAUUGCUAGGAUCAAAUUCCAUGAUGGUGCGUUGAUUGGCUACAUUCACGUUGCCGUCGAGACUGUGGCUGUUCUCUCAUGGCUCGCUGGUUUCAUUGCUGUAGCUGUUCAAAUUUCAACCGACACAUGUUCGACGGGAAGAAACUCAUGUAGGAUCCUCAUCGUGGCGACAGUCUUUGGAGCGCUCGAAUUUCUAUUAUUCAUGAUUACCGCAGCCUUGACUGCCAUUCCCAUCUUCAAACAGUUUCCCAAGCCAAAUAAAUCUACGACUGAACCCGACGCAGUUAUCUAAGCGGCUCUACAUGAUCUCCGGGGACCUCAGAGCUGGUCGGCGCGCCACAAAAAGUCUCACGAUUGCCUUUCAAGAAAAGAUAUACCUUUGGAAGGGUCAUGCUUACAUUGUAUGGAUGUUCUAAACAAGUUUGAAAGAAAAAAAAGAGCUAGACCUCGAUACCUCUGCUUUUGAUCGUAACAUGAUCAAGUUCUUGAGUAAUCUAUUCCAUAAAUGCCCAAUUAUGUUACGGAGGUUGAUGGUGUAAGUAUUAUAAAACAUAUCAAAAAGCAAUCGAG